AUGUCCAUCAGGAAGAAGCCUGACUCUACCGCUCUUCCGCACCUUCUUCGUCGGAUAUCCUUCCCGUCGACGACUUGUCCUCCGCAACUUCAUAAUACUCGCUCACCGUUUCUAAUCUACUCUUACAUCGCUGUCUCUAACUCAUCCGUCAAGUGCCCUUGCUCCUUCUCUGUUGCCACCGCUCCCUUUCUCCCAAACCCUCGAGUAUUCCCCAGAAAUUACAUCUACUCUCAAUCUUCAGGGGAAUUCAGCGACGCUAGGUGCUGGAACUACGAUGCCCAGCCAAAAGGUGGUCUGUUUCUGGUUUGCGAUUCCUGUAGUGGCAUCCAACCUGCAGAUCACUCCAUGGAUUACUUGCGUUUAUUAGAGAAAGAGAAGUAUGAGAUUGGGGAUGCUCAUUUGCACGAUAAAUACAAAGAAUGGCAGAAGAAGUUGCAUCCUGAUUUGGCUCAUUCGAAGUCUGAGAGGAAUUUUUCCCGAGAACAGUCAGCUAGAGUGGGUGAUGCAUAUCGCACGCUGAUUAGUCCUGUCCUUGGGGCAAUGUACAACAUGAAAACUGUGGGUGUAGAUGUAAAUGAAGAAGAAACCAUCUUAGACCCGAACCAUAGUCAGCAGCAACAACAAUGUAUGACUGAGAAAGAAUGCUUGGUGAAGCCAGUUUUAAAGGGAUAUCUAAAACAGGACUUGCAGGAAGUUUGCAACAUUUUGACAUCAUCCUCUGUUUGGUCUGUCAUUUACGAAGCCUUGGAGAACUCAACAGUGAAGUUCACACCAGAGCUAGUUUUGGAAGUCCAGCGCAAUUGCAACAUCCAUGGAACUCAACUUCUUCUCUUGGGUAGGAAAGCAACCUGGAUAUUCCCAAACUGUAGAUACAUACAACAUGACCAUGAAAAUAUCAGGACGAGAGCACUCUGCGGAGCGGGAAGAUUGGAAGAAGCCAUAUCUGUGGUCGAUGAAGGUUGGGGAGAUCAUAAUAAGCUUAAACUUGACCGAUCAACGUACGCAAGCCUUGCCCAUGGGUUAUUGAGAACGGGGAAGACUGAGGAGGCAUUUGCAAAGCUAAAGUACAUGAAGAAGGUCAGCAUUCAUCCAACUGCGCAUGUCUAUACAUCAUUGAUUGUCCAUUUCUUCAAGGAAGAGCAGCGGGAAAAAGCCGAGGAGACGUUGGAGGCGAUGCAGCGAGAAGGGUGCAAGCCUACCAUAGUCACGUAUUCGGCGAUGAUUCUUGGAUAUAUGAAGUUAGGAAGGACUUGUAAAGCUUGGACUGUGUUCCGUCGUCUGAGAAAGGAAGGUCAUCCCAGAUUUUCAGACGUAUUUAAUGUUCAUUAG